UUUAUAACUGUUUGCUAUUCAGAGCUGAAACACUCCAGUGGCCCAGCGACGUUAUAGCCUCAUACUGCAUGAGAAUUCAGGUGAAAGAAUGACAGCCCAACGGAAUGGCCUGUUUCUUUAUUUCUUUUUGGCAACAAUUUUUCCAAAAUCACAAUCCCAAAUGAUUGUAACCACAAAUGAAAAACAUUUUUGUUACAAUGCUUCUUUGGAAACUUUCCGACUGAACGCAACAAUUCUGCAAGUAAAGGAUGUGGUAUCCAAACAAGAGUGCUUAGACAAAUGCUUGGACGAGCCUUGUUGCAGAUCCAUCAAUUACGAACACAGCACCUCGCCCGCUAAACCCCAAAAAUGCGAACUCUUGCAUGAGCUGCUAAAUGAAAACGCAUGUUCCCUUUUGGUUAAAAAUACUUCGUUCGAUCAUGCCUAUAUCAUUGAACCUCGUAAGGCCUAUGAUGACAGAUGUUUUCAUAAGUUUUCAGAGACACUCUUCCUUUCAUGUGAAGACGUUUUAAAAAAAAACAGCUCAGCUUCUGAUGGAAUUUACACACUGCAGUCAUACAAAACCAAGGAGAGGUAUCAGGUGUUUUGUGUAUUCAACGGUACUCUUUGCGGCAAAGGCGCUUGGACACUAGUUAUGCUUAUGAAUGGAAACAAGGACACAUUUCAAUAUAACUCAUCGUAUUGGACCAACAACAAAACACUGAAUGUCGAGGGCCUGUCAGAUAAUCACCCUAGUGACAUAAAACUAGCUUCGUAUCAUUACACACCCUUUAACAAGAUUUGCUUUGGCAUGAAAAAAGUUGCUGAUGACACUAAAAACUUCAUAGUACUCAAUUAUACCGCAAGCUCGCUGUACAGUGUGAUCGCGGGAGGAAAUCACAGUGCAACAAAUGCUGGAAGGGCCGAAUGGAUGUCGCUUUUAAAUAACCACGAAAAUAACACUUCUGAAGUGAACAACGACAAGGAAGGUUUUAACAUCAAAGUAGCAGGUCAACCACUGAAGAUACGAAUUGGUUGGGUCGGUUGUAAUGCAGCUGCUUGUAUGACGCCUAACCCGUACAUUGGUUUUGGUGUCGAAAAUCAGAAAGGUGGAAACAUCGCUUCAUCUCACGGUGAAAAUAUAAUCAUUGCUGGGUUUAUUUUUGUUCAGUAACUGGCAAUUGCGCACGCGUGAAGAAAAAGUGUGUAAAUAAUUCAUUCAUAUUUUAUUCAUAGACAUCUGCACAAGACCAACUUAAAAUACUUGGUCUGAGUGAUUCGUAAUUAGCUGCAACCGGUCAUGUAACCUUGCAUCCUAUAUAACACCGGAACUUUCGAAGUCAAGUUAGGGGUUUGAUAUUAGAUAUAUCAUUUCUGUUUUAGACUCCUGUCACAAGUACUAACUGUGGGUUUUUUCUUACUAGUAUUGUCAGUUGUUAAUGUAAAUAUAUCUAUACGCGCGUAUAUGUGACAAAUUCAUUAAACUAAACUAAACUAAACUUAACCAAUCCGAGAA